AGGAAGUUUAAUCAGCACGCUUCUUUUUUCUCCACAUGACUGCUGCACGUUCGAGCUUCCGUCGUCAGCGUUAGAAAACCUAAAUGCCGGAGGACUGAGCCGCCAUGAUGGCAGCAGGUCGGCUGAACUUCACCAACAUCACCGCUCUGGCUCCGAUGGUCCGGGUGGGGACUCUCCCCAUGAGGCUGCUGGCUCUGGACUAUGGAGCUGAUGUGGUUUACUGUGAGGAGCUGAUCGAUAUUAAAAUGGCUCAGUGUCAGCGGGUGGUGAAUGAGGUGCUGCAGACGGUGGAUUUCGUCGCCCCCGAUGAGCGAGUGAUGUUCAGGACCUGUGAGAGGGAGACGGACCGAGUCGUCUUCCAGAUGGGAACUGCUGACCCAGACAGAGCGCUGACGGUUGCCCAGCUUGUGGAGAAGGAUGUUGCAGCCAUCGAUGUGAACAUGGGCUGUCCUAAGGAAUACUCCACCAAGGGCGGGAUGGGAGCUGCUCUUCUGUCACAUCCUGAUAAGAUCGAGGCGAUCCUUACGAAGCUCGUCGCUGGAGUUUCCAUACCUGUUACAUGUAAAAUCAGAAUUCUGCCUUCGAUGGAGGAGACGGUUAGUCUGGUCCAGAGGAUCGAGAAGACCGGCGUAGCUGCUGUUGCUGUUCACGGCAGGUUUAAGGAGGAGCGUCCCAGACACCCCGUCCACUGUGACUACAUCCAGGCUGUUGCUCAGGCUGUGUCCAUCCCCAUCAUCGCCAACGGAGGUUCUCUGGAUCUUGUGAAGACGAACGGUGACAUCGAGGACUUCAGGAAGGCGACAGGAGCCUCAUCGGUCAUGUUAGCCCGCGCCGCCAUGUGGAACGCAUCCGUGUUUGUGAAGCAGGGGCCGUUACUGGUGGAGAGAGUCAUGGAGGAGUAUCUGAAAUAUGCGAUCCGGUAUGACAACAAUGCCUUCAACACAAAGUACUGCCUUUGUCAGAUGCUCAGAGAUAAAGUGGAGUCUCCUCUCGGGAAACAAGUGCAGGCGGCUCAAACCAACGCUGAGAUCAGUGAGGCGUACGGGCUGCAGGAGUAUUACAAACAGAUCCAGGAGGGGCUGCAGAGCAGGAGGGACGCCCUACAGAGCGUGAGCCAGCCCGACCGGCCCGUGAUGGACGGAGACGUCACAACCAUGGCAGUGAAGUUUGAGCGGAGGGAAUAUCCGCCUCAGAUCACUCCGAAGAUGUUCCUGCUGGAGUGGAGCCGCAAGGAGAAACUGGAUCAGCCGAUUUAUGAGACAGUGCAGCGCUCUCAGGAUCGAGCCUUUCAGUCCACCGUCACCAUAAACGGCAAAGAAUACAGAUCAUCACUGUGGGAGAAGUCGAAGAAAUUCGCAGAACAAGCUGCCGCUAUCGUCUGCCUGCGAGUUCUUGGGAUACCUGAGGGGCGUAUUGGCGAGGAAGACUCGGGUUUAGUCUGUAAGAGGAAGAGAGAGAGGAAGCUGAACGGCACCACAGAAGAAGAGGGGGGCAAGAAACGACAUGUCGCCAAUAGCCAAGAGCAAACGGACGAUUUAAAGACUGCUGCGGCGGCUAAUGGGGACAAUCACAAACCCGGCACGCCGCCGGAGCAGCCGUAGGUUAACAGGAAGUGAACAUCAACAAAAGACAGACGUUCAUGUGAAGCUGGAGAACAAAUCGAGGAGUCAUUUUUGAUUCCACAAAGCUUUUUUUCAUUUUUUACCUUGUUUGAACAUUUCUGGAAUGAACUGGAUAUAUCACUUAUUUAUUCUCCAACAGCAGCUGCUCGACCCUCAUCCUCUUAAACUUUUACUUUUUUAUUUUUCUCUCUAUUUUCUCCUCAGGGAGAGCCGAUGUACACGCUCAAACUGGGAUCUUCCUUGUGGAUAUCGAGUCUUCCACUUAAAUGUUGAGUAUUCACCCCUGCAGAUGCAUCAUCAGUGUUUUUGUUCAGCUAGCUGAUUGGUGUCAGAUGUUCAGCCAGCAGGGGGCAGUAUUUAUUUCGACCUCUGUGCCUUACAGAAAAUACAUUUUAUUCUGACUCUCUGGAUGGACCUUUAAAUCAUCUUUGCCUCCUGGCUGCAUCUUUUAGUGAAAGUCUAAGGUGAUGAAUGUUGAAAUGAGUCUGAACUAAUUUUAAUUGUCAACAAAUUACAGAAAGUAAACAAACACGUUUGAUUUUU